AUGGCUGGAAGGAAUUCAAGAAAAAGAACAACGCCGGCUCGCUUAAGGGAAGGUAAGUUCAAAGUGCGAAAGUUGAGGACGCGAUCGCGGAUCGAUAUGUACUAUAAUCAAAAGUAUGUUUAAUAGACUUGAUUUCUCCUUGCUGUUAAAGUCUGCUUUUCCUACAAUCAUGGUGGACAAUGCGAACAAUGCCUGUAUAUUAAGGCUAAUGUAGAUCUAUUCUAACAACAGAAAACACUACCUGUAAGCUAGCUUAUACAGCGUCCAUUGUAUGACAACAAUAAGUCUAUAUGGCUUUCUUACAGUCGUAAAAAGAACUAAAGGAACAAUGCAGAUUUACUGAAAAUAAUAAAGAUUAUUCCUAGUUCAUGUCUAAGGGUCGUUGAUUCAAGUGCCUAAAACUAAAGCAACUUCUAAAACCUGAAAACUGGAAUAUUGCCCGUUACAAAAAAGACACGGGCAUGCGAUGAUCACGUGACUAAAUGGCGGGGAAACCAUUAUUUUAAGGUCCUUAGUUUUCAGGCACAAACUCAUUAAAAUUUUAAAUAUGUUUUUGCUUGUAUAGUUGGAAGUAGGUUGUGAGUUGACUUCUCAGCUUUCUGAAGAGUAGUAGAUGCUAUUUUAACUUUUAUGACACGAACUCCAAAUUUCUUUUUUAUUUCUUUAAGCCACUUUGUCAUAAUUUGAUAACCUGAAUAAAAAUGCACAAUAAUACUUUGCCUUUUAGCCCUUGCAUGUUACACGCUGAAUAAAUGCAAGCAUGCCUGCUACAUAGUGGUUGUUCUCAGGAACAUAAAGCUAUUAGUUUAUCUUUUCUUUGCAUCAGUUUAGGCAAAAGCACAUAAAUCUUUGAAGCUGUAAUCUCACAUUUUCCACUCUUUGCUUAAGAAUUUUUUUUUACUAAGAAUUGAAGCUUGUAUGACUUAAAAUUAAUUUUACAGAGUUGUGGUACCUUGUAAAGUACGAGGAUGAUGACAACUUGAGGGUUUUAGGGCAAGAUGACGUUCGUCACAUCUGCCCUGAUGACGAAGAUGACUUCCAAGUUGGAGACAUAAUAAGCGCCAUGUGGCUUCCCAAUGGCCAAUUCUAUGAUGCUCAAGUACUACAGACAGGAAGUAAGUUCCCUUUUUCUGCAAUUAUUGCUAAGUAAGGUACCUAUAAUCAAGCUCUUUAUGUAAAAGAAAUUUCUUGGGUCUCAUUUCAUCAAUCACACAUAUUUAACAGCAGUCUGUGAAAAUUACAAUCCCACCACAUCCCCUGAGAGAAAAAAUUAAACAGUAUGUUUCACCAUCCAAGCGGCUAGUGUCACGUGACUCUCAUGAUGAAAAUAAAUUAUGAUUAUUCAAAUUCUACAUAGUCAAAUACUGUGUAUGUUAAAUAUUACUGACAGUGAAAUUUAGAAAACCCCAAACACCAGAAAUAAUUGUGGAACUGUCAGUUAUCAGUAAAGGAUCUGAAAUUACGCUUAGGUACAUAAAGUAGCGUUACCAGUCAGUUAUCUACUGGCAACAAAAUGCAAAUGUUCAUAUUCAUAAGUCUUAGAAUAAGCAAAUGUUAGUUUUACAAUAAUAAUAUUUCCCUCAUUAAAUCCUUUUUUUUGUAGCUGACAAGAAUGAGCUUAUGAAAGAGAGGAUGAAGUUGGAGAAAGCUAAAAAAAAUUGUGAAAAGAUCACAUCAGAAAAAGCACAAGAGCCAAAAGACCAACAUAAAAGAAAGAACCAAAAGGAUGGCACAGGGCAGAAAAAGAAGAGAAAGUCAGAUGGUGAAACUCUGAAUGAUGGACAUGAGGACCAGAAGGCGAAAGAGAGAAAAGAAAAGAAAAAGAAAAAAGAGGAGGAACAAACAAGGCAAAACUUGCUUCAGGAAGCUAGGAAAAAGCAAGCGGCUGAGAGAUGGUCUUCCACUUCCCCAGAUCAAAGUGCCAGCUUUGUACCAGUGCCAAUUCAUCGAGGAAAUGGUUCUUCUACACAGCUGCCUUCUACAUGUUCUUCAGCACCAUCACAUGCAGUUCAGCAAACAAACCAACUGUCAGCUCAUCCACCCAUGACAGCACAAUACACAACACCAGCUCCAUUUACAACACUUACUCAGCACACAACACCUACUCAACGCACAACACCCACUCAGCACACAACACCCGCUCAGCACACAACAGCAAUUCAACACGCAACACUCGCUCAGCAUGCAACACCCGCUCAGCACGCAACACCCGCUCAGCACACAACACCAGCUGAACGUACAACGCCAACUCCACGCACAACGCCAACUCCACGCACAACACCAACUCAAUGCACAACACCAGGUCAAUGCACAAAUAAAACUCCAGCUGGAAGAAAGCAAGCAGUAACGUCAAGGCCAGGAAUGAGUAAGCAAUCAAAAUCUACUGCUGAUCCAAGAAGAGGCAUUCAUUUUCAAAGUGUGGAUGUUGAUAGCAGCGAUGAUGAAAUAAGUGAGGAAGAUGAGGAUUGCAGUAGUCUGGCUUAUGAAGGUGGCUCUAGUGGCAGUUGCUGCAAGGAGCAAAAAUGGAAAUUGAGGCCUUGCGAAAGCGACUAGAAAAAGUACACAGGAGGCUUAACAUUGCACGUAAGUCAAGUUUCUGUAUGAAAGUGCAAACUGUUGAACAUAAGCAAAAUUCUGGAUCUUAUAUUGCAAAAUGUGUGAGCAACUGGCUGUUAAAAUGCAUUAUUAUGUUGUAUUAUGAAGAAGGACCUCUACUGAAUUUUGAUCAUGUAUCUGUAUCUUAUUGAUUAAUUGAAGUAAUUUUUUUAUUGUCUUGCAGUGAAGGCAAAGACCGUAGAGGAAGUUAUAAAGAACAGACCAGCUGCUGGUGUUCUUGACAGGGCACUUGCUGAAGAAUACAAGGUAAUUAUCAUGGCUUUUUUUUUUGUCUUGCAUAUAGUCUAGAUGCAACCUUUUAAUACAUGAGAAGCAAUGAUUCUUUGUGACAUGUUCCAACAGCUAUUAAUAAGGCCAAAAAGAGAGGUAGAAGUGAAAUAUGAUUACAUCAAUGUUGGAUUGUUUUUGUUUUACAGAUGAUAGAAGUAAUGGAGGGAGCAGGUGUCUUCUGGUAUUCACACCAGAGGGCAUAUUGCUCGGCAUUUAAAAGCUGGACGGCCUAUAUCAAUGCAGCGAUUGAUAUGUUCUUCACCAAGGAGACCCUUGCUGCAUCUUGUGCAAUGGGGAACGAGAGAAAGAGUAAAAAUGGAGCGGGCCAUCAGCCUUUAAAUCCUGUCAUCACCCAGUCCCUUAUUGGUAAGUUUCAUUGUAUUAUAUUAUAAAUUAAACAAGAUACUGUGCCUGUGCUGAUUGGUUAAUUGAAGAUAUUUAAUAUAACUUUCUGGAAAGAUAUAUCAUUUUCUUAGCAUAUAUUUUCCUUCCUAAUUUCCAUAAUGUUUUAGAAACACUCAUCAGAGUUUGGGGAAACUCAAUCUUGAGUAAAGAGGAAACGUUUUUGUUGUGAAAAAGACAUUAAUUAUUUCUCAUGCUAGUUAACAUGCAAGACUCAUUCGGGGAUGAAAGGUUUUGCACUAGGCAUUGUUUUGGAAGCAAGGAAGUUUGGAACUUAAAAAAUGCCUGUUGAUAGUAUAUAUUAAUUUUCACUGGUAAAAGUGAAUGAUUUUUAUUAAUUUUGGUACCUUCUACACUAAAGCAAUAAAUGAAUGGAAGUCGAAUUGCUUCAAAUUGUCCAUUUUCACGCAUUGUUUUUUUAAAAUGUGGUGCGUAGUGGGCCAAAAUACAUCUGAAAUCACUUGGCCUUUUAAAAAAAUUGUGAACAGUGAAAUUAUCCCUUUUAAAAAGCAAAUAAUAUCAAUGACCUCUCUUUUUUAGGUAAAGUCUGCUCUAAAUUCCCAAGAGAUGGGCCAACACCCAGCCAAGUGGUGCAAAAAAUAAACAUGAAGUGUGUUGAGGCAAGAAGGCCACCGAGAAGUCGUGCCACACCAGUGGUCCAACAGUGACAGUUUAUUUUUUAAAUGUUCAGUUUAUUUUUUAAAUGUUCAAAGUUCUUUAUAUGCAAGUACCAUUGAUAAAAAGUCACUGACAGUGUUUUUAAGAUAUGGACAGAAUUUUCUCAGAUAUUUUGUAUCACCCCUUUUAACAUUGUACCAUUUUUAUAAAUUUUUAACAGUAUUAGAUAAGAUCAGAUUGUUUCUUAAGCUUUUCUUCAUGAUGCAAUACCAUUUUUAAACGUUAUAAUAUUGUUGAUAUCAAUUAAUGUUCUACUAGCGAUAUUAUUGUAUGGUCACAAAAAGCUGUCUUUACAGUUUUUGAAAUCUCCGAGAAAUUGAGAGUUCAAAAGGUACAACAUAUGUAAUAUAUUUCAGUAGCAAGUGUGAAUUAAAUAGUUUUAAGUGAAUUAAAGAUAUGAAAUGAAUGUGAAUCUGUGAUCCUAAUUGCUUUGUUCAAGAAAGAGGAAGUAUAAGUGGUGAGAACGAACACCACACACUUGGAUUUCAACUUUUCACCAAAGAAACACACUUAAAUAUUCAUCAUAUGGCAUUACUAUGGAGCAAGAAUCAUGGGUAUCCAUAUCAUUCCCAUAUCAGGUCACCAGUCUGCCUGGAUGAUAUGGGAAUUGUAUGGAAGUUUACAAAGUACAUAGCAUUCCCAUAUCAGACGGCAGUAUGAUUGAUGAUAUGGGAAUGGUAUGGGGAGCUGCCAAGUACAUAUCAUCUCCAUAGUAGAGAGUCAGGAAACACACGGUAUUGGUAUGGGGCUGAGCCAUGUCAGUCCCAUACUAUUUACUAUGGGGAAUGUAUGGGGUGUUGCCAAAUACGUAGCAAUCCCAUAGUGAAAAGCUAUUGAACCAUUCACUGAUGAAGACUGUUAACACGUAUGGGUUUGAUAUGGCAUGUAGUAACCCAUACAAAUUCCAUAUAUUACCCAUAGCAGGGCCAUAAGUCAUGUCAUACCAUUUCCAUACUUGGGCCAUACAUGGCCCAUAUCAUUAUGUUUGGUAAGGGUUGGGUGUUCAAUCACACCAGGUUUCCACAGCCUUUCUUUUAGUUGCUCCCUACUGCACAGAAAGUUUCUAAGGAAAUACAAGAGUAUAGUACUGUGAUGAGUGUCAAUUUGAUUGCAGUGGGUUUUCAGCGUUAUUCUGCUCCCAACUUCAUCCUUCUUUUCCUUACAUUAGAAAAAAUGCCCUAAUAUUUAAUCACCAGUGUGCAUGUGUUAAGUAUAUGUUGCCAAAAGUUUAUUGCUGCGUGUCAGGCUUUACAAAAAAAGAGGCACAAAGCAGUUGAGAUUGUGGUGGUGGUACCUAGAUUGCAAUACUGAAUAAAUUUUGAAUCACUAACCUCACCACUUCAAAAAAUUCUUGGGCGGAUUUACCCCACUCAACGCUGGAUCAACAAGAGCGAUGGUGUUUGCUUCUAUGUCAACCACCUGGGACAAAGGAAAGAUGAAAAUUUAAGUUACAGGAGUAAUAUAGCUUCAGAGAUAGAGUUCUCCUUAAAAGAACGAUUAGUUUAUCAGCCAAAUUAAUAAAUUUCAUCAUGGUAAAGUGCUUUACUAUCUGCCACUGGGCACAGAAUGUACUACAAUAGCUUAUACUCCUACUCAACCAACAGAAUGGCAUUGGCAAGUGGGAAUGCUAAGAAAGAAAAUCUUAAUAAAAUCCAAAACAAAUGCAUGAAUUUGUUCAUUGAAGGACCUCUAGACUUUAUACUACUUACCCCUAACAUCCAGUGAUCUUGCCUUUCAAACAUUCCUGGGAAGAGUAGUUUUUUGUACCGAGUUAAAUUCACCUAAUUUGAAACAAAAGGGCAAGAAUGAUUGACUUUGUCAAAAUUGGUUCAGCUCAGCAAGUAAAAAGAAGUGGGAAAGAUCACAACGUCUUAUAACUAUAUCAACGAUCAAAAACUCUCUCUAUCCAAGUGAAUUACAUGCAUGCAGCGGUUUUAUUUUGGCCAGGAGGUUUUGAUGUUAAUUUUUCUUCUACAUGUGAGAACUUGAAACAAAAACAGGGUUAAACACAUCGUAAAUUAAAUGGGGUUCAGUGAACCUCUAAUCACCUUUGAAUGCCAUAUUCUUUGAGUGCUUUCGUAAAAACGUUGUGGUCCCCGCAAUAACAGUUUUCCCUUUGCCCUGCAAACAAAACAUAUAUUAUUUGGUAGGGGGAUGAAAAAAUGAAAAAAUGAAAAUCUUGUUUAAUUUCUAUUACUUUCACAUAUAUUAGGUCUCCCAUCCUAUACCAAGAGAAUUUUCACUGUUGGUCACAAUACAGUAUGUUUAAAGUUUGACUUGGUAAGUUACCAGUAGAAGAUAAAAACAAAGAAGCAAAAUAAAAGUAGAAGGUGUAAAAUACGCAAAAAAAAUGAUUUAGAUGGAACGAUUUUUGCUUAGGACUAUCGUGCGCGACUAGCAUACAUGUACAUUAUGACUCCAUGUCAGAUUGUGUUGUGUAAAUUAGCCCCAAGACGCCGAUACGACAUGUGCAGUGUUCUUCCUAAAUUUUAGCUCAGCAGGUAAGGGACCAUUCAUGGCCGGUAAGGCAAAAAAUAUGCACCAGAGGUGCACUUUCCUGGGGCGGGGUGGGGAGGGGGGGGUUGAAGGAGUAGUAGAGUGAGGAUGGCCCCUCGCUAGGAGGAGCUAAGUUCUUUGGAACGUAAUUCAUUUUAAAGUGUAUAUGACAGAAAUUUUUUUAUUUGCUUGAUAGAAUCUAUACAGUGUUUUGAUAAGGAAAGCAAAAAAAAUUUUUCGAUAGCGAUUUUUCUUCCCCAUGUUUUAACCUGCCAAAAACGUGAAAUUUUACUUCCGGUGAGCUACAAAACCGCGCUAGCGAAAACAGAAGACUGGGAAUGAUUAUGACGUCAUUUCAGGACAUUCUAUUUCGCGGCAGGCAAAUUACAUGGUCAUUUUCUUAUUUGUGUGGCAGUGUUUGGAGAGUGUUUUUUGAGUUUCCCUGACCUUUUUUGAUCAGAAACAGCAGAAAUCAAUAAAAAGUCGCUUAAGCUCGAAUUUAAUUGACUGUGAAAAAGAAUAAUGAGUUUUGAAAGCGAUACGGAAAAGUCAGACGUGGAAUCGAUCGGGUCGCGCACUCACAUCUGCGAGACAGAGCUAGGAUCAGACGAAGACGAAGAAGAUAUGUACUAUCCAGAUCCAGAAGGACCGUAUAUAGAUGAACCUAUUACAGACGAGGAAUGGCUAAACAGAAUACAACCGAGAACUAGAAGAAAUUUAAAGGAGAAACCAGGAGUUACAAAACCGCUUUGACAGGAUUGUGGAACCGAGACUUGGUAAGUGUUUGCUCUAUUUCUCACCUUUUAGUUAUUAGCCUGAAAAAUCUUAUCGUACUAAGAUCAUACCUUGCCGAUAAAAAGAAAAGGAUAAAAGUUGUAUUCUUCAACUUAAAUACUACGUUCCUUCUUUUUAAUUUCAAAGGUGCUCAUGUGGCAAUUGUGCUCUUGAUCGGCUGCAAAAUCCCGGGGAAUGCCUCUGCUGCAAGGAAAUCGAAAAGUGUGUAAAAUCACUUGGUAGUACCGCCGUUCUGAAUGAGGUGGAAAUCAGUCCCGAAUGUAUUACAUUGCAUCCAGGUUUCAGUGUCGUUUGCCUUAACAGAUGGUCUCUCCGAUCAGCCGCAAGUAAAUACAAAAGGAUAGACGGUACAAAGUAUCAUCAGACUGAUACAGAAGAAAAGUGAGUAAUGUUUUGCCCAGUUUUUUCUGUCAGAGCUAUCUCUAACUGCUAAUUUACUGUGUUCUCCAAAAGCAACGUUAGCCGGCAAAAGCGUCCGACAGUUGCAACAGAAGCAGUGGUUAUUUGUUCAAACGCCAUUUUAAGAGAAAGAUAAUCAAUCGAUUGUUUUUGUUGCCCAUUAUUUUGUAUAAUCGAGAGUUUUUUCCUGACCCAUGAAAGACAAUAGAAUUAAUGCAUGAUAGCGUGUUCCAUUCUACUACCUGUUUAAUCGGUUGAGUAGAAUCACUAUAUUACAAAAAACAUAUGAUAAAGAAUAAAGCAAAAUGUACUUUGCAGAACCCCUAAAAUCAAACUUUUCUCUGGGCUUGGGUGUGUGUGUGUGUAUGUGGAAGAGGGGAAGGGGGGGUUGCUAGCCACACCAAACCCCACACAAAGCAUUUUGAUCUCAUCUUUUGCUGACUACUUUCAUCUUUUCUUACUCUGCUCUACUCUUCAAUUCUGGUCCUAUUUUCAACUAUAUUCCACAGUUGAUUUGAUAAUGUUCAGUUCAUAAGAUGUUAAAAGAAAUGGGGAUUUUAGAGACACAAAGGAAGGCAGGGCACGAUUGGAAUAGAAAUGCAUCUGCCACUGGUCAUGUAGUAAUACUGGGCUCACAGAGUUGAAAUACAGGGCGAGGUCAUGACUUGAAUAUUUAUUUUUAUGUCUGCAUUCUUUUACACAGGUUUCUUCGUGGAGUGGCCUACAGAGAGUUUACGCAACUAGUACAUGGUUUUCUUGGGGGAAAGCGGAUUCCACUGCCAGCAAUAAGAACAGAACUUUCAGAAGAGAAUGAAGAAUUUGUUGGUUUUGAAGAUAAUGAAUAA